UUAUAUGCGCAACAUUCUCCCGCAGGCAAGAGCGGAUGGUACCCACCCGGUCGGCUGUACAGGAUUGUAAUUUAUCCUCCUCUGUGAUUCUUCGUCGCAAAGUGUCGAAUGCCAGCGUUGUUGUCUGGCCGCGUACGUGGAACGAAAUGGAGCUUCGACUGUCCGGUCGCAUCAGCGUUCUGCUCCUGCUCGCGUUGUUAGCCGACGCCGACAGGAGGACCUGCCCUCCCGGGGGUACCGUCAGCCUGACAAACGCGCGGAGGAACGACUCGGGAUUCCUGGCCGAGUCCGGCGAGUUCUUUCCUCAAGAUGUCGUUUGGGAAGACGACGGCACGUGGAGCGGCUGCUUCUGCGACCUCAAACCUUGUUUGCCCCUCUGUCCACCGAAGAACGCCACCACGCAGAACACGGAGACCAUGGAGAUCGACUACUCGGCGAUGCCUCCCGUCUACAACCCCAAUUUCGACCUCGACGAAAGUCUCCGGUUCGAGCAGAGGUUCCACGUUAUCUUAUCGCACCCGUGCCCGGGGAUUGAGAUGUACUUUUUGAACCCGUCGAAGUAUCCGAACGACGAGUAUUACCUCAUGGCAAACGGAUCGUUGGCCAUGCCGAAGGUGCAAGACUCCUCGCAGACGAUUGUCGACGCGACGAGUUACUGCUUUCGACUGAAGCGCAGCUCGUCGAUUUACACUCCGAGGCUCUGUGAAGCAGCGGAUCCGCCUAUUAUGGACCCGAUAAGGACCGCGAGCUACAUCGGAGCCCUCGUGUCCGUUCCCUUCCUUCUCGCGACUAUCUUCGUUUACUCCGUGAUCCCGGAGCUGCGGAACAUCCACGGCACUACUCUCAAGUGUUACUUGGCCAGCCUCGUCAUCGCCUACGUGGCCCUUGGUGUCGACCGAAUUCCAAAUCAGAAAAAUUUCACCGAUGUUAGCGCAACUUGCCUCUUCCUCGGAUUCACCAUCUACUCAUCUUUUGUUGCCAGUUUUUUUUGGCUGAAUGUCAUGUGCUUCGACAUGUGGUGGAGAUUCGGUGGCUACGGGCCGCUAAGGAGUAACGGAAAUAGCGGCGACCGUAAGAAGUUUAUCAGGUACUCGAUUUACGCGUGGGGAUGUCCAAUCCUGUUGACUACCAUUUGCAUCGUCAUGGAAUUCGCCGAUGUUGGAGAAUCAACGAUCAAGCCAGACUUCAGGUCAAGCGGUUGCUGGUUUGCAACCAAGUCUGCCGAGGCAUUGUACUACUACGGUCCGGCUGGCGUUAUUAUUACCACCAAUGUUUUCCUCUUCGUUUUAACAUCUUUGAAGAUUCUUGAACAUAAAAGAAACGUGAAACGUCACCUGAACAGCGGUGACAGCAGAAGACACGACGAGAACAAGCACUGGUUCAGCUUGUACGUGAAGCUUUUCGUAGUGAUGGGGAUCUGCUGGUCGACGGAGGUGAUUUCGGGGAUUUGGGAAGGGCCCAGGUACAUCUGGUACGUCACGGACAUGGUCAACGCGCUCCAAGGGAUCGUGAUCUUCGUCAUUUUCGUCUGCAAGAAGAAGAUUUGCCGCUCGCUGAAGCAGCGCUACAACAGUCUUCGAGUCACCCGGAAAGGUUGCAUCUUCGAAACAAGAACUGCAGACUCGUCCUCUACCACCACAUCCAACGUCGACGAUCCAACCUCAACUGGACAGGUUUCCGUCCGUAUGCGCGAACGGAUUACAGUAUCACCGGAAACUCCAGGAUCGUCCAGUGGCCAGCCUGAUCAAGCGGACCGUAAUGUCUGAACUGGAAGUCUACAAGGACAAAACAUCCAACCAAUGCAAAUAAAAUCUAGUCUCUCAGAUGUGCCACAAUUAAACGAAAGGGUUGUAGUUUUUUAAUAUACUAUUGUGAGUUUCAGCUGA